UUGGCGCCAACAUCUGGGCCAUCCACCUCAACCAGUCAAAAACCGGCAAGGAAACCUGUUAUUAAGACUGUCAAACAAACAUCUACCAAAACAGCAGUAACACCAACAAAACAGAGGACUUUAAGGCAGAAAAAAAAGACGUUGGGCAGCAAGACCUCCAUGCGCUUCGACAUGAAGCUCAAGGGACCUAUAACUGUACCAAAUACAACAUCAGAUUUAAUUUUAAACACCCCACCACACACAAGGCUACGUCACAGACAUUUUAUCAUCAGCAGAUUUUCGUCAGGAGGUUGCAGUGACCCUAUGUAA